AUGGAGUGCGCUGCGGCGGGGGCUGAGUUCAACAUCCUUCUGGCCACUGACUCCUACAAGGUUACACACUACAAGCAAUAUCCACCUAAUACAAGCAAAGUGUAUUCCUACUUUGAAUGCCGUGAAAAGAAGACUGAAAAUUCCAAAUUAAGGAAAGUGAAAUAUGAAGAAACUGUUUUUUACGGCUUGCAGUACAUACUGAAUAAAUAUUUAAAAGGUAAAGUGGUGACCAAAGAGAAAAUCAAGGAAGCCAAAGAAGUAUAUAGGGAGCAUUUUCAAGAUGAUGUCUUCAAUGAAAAGGGAUGGAACUAUAUUCUGGAGAAAUAUGAUGGUCAUCUUCCUAUAGAAAUAAAGGCUGUUCCUGAGGGCUCCGUAAUUCCCAGAGGCAAUGUUCUUUUCACAGUAGAAAACACAGAUCCGGAGUGCUACUGGCUCACAAAUUGGAUAGAGACUAUUCUUGUGCAGUCAUGGUAUCCAAUCACAGUGGCUACAAACUCGAGAGAGCAGAAAAAGAUUUUGGCCAAGUAUUUGCUAGAGACAUCUGGCAGUUUAGAAGGACUGGAGUAUAAACUGCAUGACUUUGGCUACAGAGGAGUUUCUUCACAAGAGACCGCAGGAAUAGGAGCUUCAGCUCAUUUGGUGAACUUCAAAGGAACAGACACUGUAGCAGGAAUUGCAUUAAUUAAAAAGUACUAUGGUACAAAAGAUCCAGUUCCAGGAUAUUCUGUUCCAGCAGCUGAACACAGUACCAUAACAGCCUGGGGUAAAGAUCAUGAAAAAGAUGCUUUUGAACACAUAGUGAUGCAGUUUUCUUCAGUGCCUGUAUCUGUGGUUAGUGACAGCUACGACAUUUACAAUGCUUGUGAAAAAAUAUGGGGUGAUGACUUAAGGCAUAUAAUUGAAGGCCGAAGUCCAGAGGCACCGCUUAUUAUUCGACCAGAUUCUGGGAACCCCCUUGACACUGUUUUAAAGGUCUUGGAGAUCUUAGGGAAGAAGUUUCCCAUUACAGAGAACUCAAAAGGCUAUAAGUUGCUGCCACCGUAUCUCAGAGUUAUUCAAGGGGAUGGUGUGGAUAUCAACACAUUGCAAGAGAUUGUGGAAGGAAUGAAGAAGAACAAAUGGAGUAUUGAGAACAUUGCCUUUGGAUCUGGUGGAGCUUUAUUGCAGAAACUAACCAGAGAUCUCUUAAACUGUUCCUUCAAAUGUAGUUACGUGGUAACCAACGGUCUCGGGGUAAACGUUUUCAAGGAUCCAGUUGCAGAUCCAAACAAAAGGUCGAAGAAAGGACGACUGUCUCUGCAUAGAACACCUGCUGGAGAUUAUGUGACACUUGAAGAAGGCAAGGGAGAUCUUGAAGAAUAUGGACAGGAUCUCCUUCAUACAGUAUUUAAGAAUGGAAAGGUAACGAAGUCAUAUUCAUUUGAUGAAGUAAGACAAAAUGCCAGACUGAAGAACAGUGAAAUAGAAAUGGCGUCUCACUAAGUUUCAUUCCAUGUCAGUAUAUGUGUGUGUGUGUAGCAAGUACGUACUGCAUAGCUACUGGGUUUCUUGUACAGAUUUGUGUGUUUGUGUUUUAUGACAUUGUAGCCAAAUUAUUUGUUGGUUUAUGGACAUACUGCCCUAUCUUUUGCCAGUCUUUAGAAAAGAUGAAAUCAGGAAAUGGUACUUACAUUGUAAAACAUAUUUAAUGCUAAAGUGUGCUUUUUAGGGCCCUUUGCCAGUAGUGAUUCAAUCUGGUAUUGAUCUUUUCGCAAAUGAGACAGAGCUGAGAAACUUUUUUAUAUAUA